AUGGGGUUUAUUUCUGUCGGUCUGCCGGAGUGCGGGGUGGCGAAGGCCCUGCACUUUUUUUCACAUGUUUUUCGAUUUUUCCUUGUGUGUUGUGUGCUCACGCGUUCUGUCUGCUCUUCCGCUUCUUUUCUCCCGCCCUCCUCCUUUUGGCCUCGUGACGGUGUCAAGUGCGCCGAACACCGCCAGCAGACCGCGAUGCCGCUGUGGACGCAUUUCGUUAAUACCAAACCGGAGGUGGACGAUAACGAUUUGCCGCUGCCGAAGCACCGCAUCUACGACGAUGACGGCAACCUGAAGCCGGGCGAGACGACGCCGCCACGCAACUCCGUCAGCGUCACGAUCGCAAAGUCAAAGGCCUCCGCGAAAAAGUCAACGCCGAUGACGCCAAAAACGCGCGCAAAACUACUGAGAAGCGUUGGCGCAUCGCCCACUGCGCCCCCACGGUCGAAAAAGGUAUCCGCUGCCGCGGUGAAUUCCCCGCCGCCCACAAAGCCCCGCAGCCGCACUCCGUCCCGCUCACCCUCAAACAGCUCCACUACACCGCAGCGUACAGGCACAGAAGAAAAGUCGGCGACGCCGCAGAAGUCAGCAUCGAAGGACACAGCGCCCAAGCGAUCGGCGACGCCGCGGAAGUCGACACCGAAGCGUGCUGCCGCUUCAUUGACUAAUGGCAAAUCCCCCGCGAGGUCAAAAAAAAGAGGAAGUUCAAAGAAAUCUGCGUCUCCGGCCAAAAGCCGUCCUUCUCAGUCCCCCGCAACCCGCAAGCCAGGGAGUCCGUCGAAGUCGUCGUCAAAGAAGGCGUCCGCAUCGCCGCGAAAGCGCCGAUCGAAGCGCUCGCGCUCCGCAUCAGCGCAACCAGGUCAAAAGCCAUCGCCGCGCUGGACCGUUGCUGCGCUAAGGUCUUACGCGAAGGAGAAUAAAAUCGACAUUGUCCAGGAGAAAACGAAGGCGGAAAUUCUGAACAAGAUUGAGAGCCACAAGGCAGAUUAG